AGCCCCUAACCGGGCCGCAGCCGCCGCGAUGGAGGCCGCCGCCGAGUUCGUGGUGGAGAGCCCGGACGUGGUCUACAGCCCCGAGGCCAUCGAGGCGCGGUACGAGUACCGGACGACGCGCGUCAGCCGCGAGGGCGGCGGCCUGAAGGUGCGGCCCACCUCCGUGCGCUACACCUUCCGGACCGCCCGGCAGGUGCCCCGGCUCGGGGUCAUGCUGGUCGGCUGGGGCGGGAACAACGGCUCCACGCUGACCGCGGCCGUGCUUGCCAACCGCCUGCGCCUGUCCUGGCCCACGCGCACCGGCCGCAAGGAAGCCAACUACUACGGCUCGCUGACCCAGUCCGGCACCCUGAGCCUGGGCCUGGAUGCUGACGGCCGGGAAGUGUUCGUGCCCUUGCGUGCAAUGUUGCCCAUGGUGGCGCCGAACGACCUGGUGUUCGAUGGCUGGGACAUCUCGUCGCUGAACCUGGCGGAGGCUAUGCGGCGCGCGCAGGUGUUGGACUGCCGCCUGCAGGAGCAGCUGUGGCCGCACAUGGAGCGCCUGCGCCCCCGGCCCUCGGUCUACAUCCCCGAGUUCAUCGCCGCCAACCAGAGCGCGCGCGCCGACAACCUGAUCGCGGGCUCGCGCGCCGAGCAGCUGGAGCAGAUCCGCCAGGACAUCCGGGACUUCCGGGCCGGCGCGGGGCUGGACAAGGUCAUCGUGCUGUGGACGGCCAACACGGAGCGCUUCUGCGACGUGGUUCCAGGACUCAAUGACACGGCCGAGAACCUUCUGCGCACCAUCCAGCUGGGCGGGGAGGUGUCGCCGUCCACGCUCUUCGCCGUGGCCAGCAUCCUGGAGGGCUGCGCUUUCCUCAACGGGUCCCCGCAGAACACGCUGGUGCCCGGCGCGCUGGAGCUGGCCGCGCGGCAUCGCGUGUUCGUGGGCGGCGAUGACUUCAAGUCCGGCCAGACCAAGGUCAAGUCGGUGCUCGUGGACUUCCUCAUCGGCUCCGGCCUCAAGACCAUGUCCAUCGUGAGCUACAACCACCUGGGCAACAACGAUGGGCAGAACCUGUCGGCGCCGCAGCAGUUCCGCUCCAAGGAGGUGUCCAAGAGCAACGUGGUGGACGACAUGGUGCACAGCAACCCCGUGCUCUACGCGCCCAGCGAGCAGCCGGACCACUGCGUGGUCAUCAAGUACGUGCCGUACGUGGGCGACAGCAAGCGCGCUCUGGACGAGUACACAUCUGAGCUGAUGCUGGGCGGCACCAACACGCUGGUGCUGCACAACACGUGCGAGGACUCGCUGCUGGCCGCGCCCAUCAUGCUGGACCUGGCGCUGCUCACGGAGCUGUGCCAGCGCGUGAGCUUCUGCACCGACGCCGACCCCGAGCCGCAGGGCUUCCACCCGGUGCUGUCGCUGCUCAGCUUCCUCUUCAAGGCGCCGCUCGUGCCGCCCGGCAGCCCGGUGGUGAACGCGCUCUUCCGCCAGCGCAGCUGCAUCGAGAAUAUCCUCCGGGCCUGCGUGGGGCUCCCGCCGCAGAACCACAUGCUGCUGGAGCACAAGAUGGAGCGGGCCCAGGCCGGCGAGGUGCCGGCGGCCACCAGCCCGCUGUCCUGCAAGAAGGAGACGGCGGCCGCCGACUGCAGCACCGGCGACGCCCACGGGCAGGCGCCGCCGCGGGCCCCGCAGGUGCCCUCCGCGUGA